UUUUUUUUAUUUUUUUAUUUAUUUUUCUAAAAAAUUUUAUAUAAAUUUCAUUUUAUUUUUAAAAAUAAAAGUAAAAAUGAAUUUAUUUCUAUUUAUUUUCUUUAUUUUUGUCUACAAAUCUUUUGCCAAUUAUAACAGUGCAGAUGAUGUUGUUGAAUUAACUGCCGGGAAUUUUCAUAAACUUGUUUUGGACGACGAUGCGAUUUGGAUUGUUGAAUUUUAUGCACCUUGGUGUGGACAUUGUCAGAGGCUCGAACCUGAAUACAAAAAAGUGGCUAAGGCAUUAAAAGGGAUUGUUAAAGUUGGCGCUGUUGAUAUGACACAGCAUGAAUCGUUAGGAGCUCCAUACAACGUCCAAGGCUUUCCAACAAUUAAAAUCUUUGGCGAAAACAAACAGAGGCCCAGUGACUACAACGGACAGAGAACUGCAUCAGCAAUAACUGAUUCUGCUGUUGGUGAAAUCAAACGUGUCAUUUCUGUUCGUCUCUCUGGUGGUGGCAGCAAUUAUAAUCAAAAAUCUUCAAAGAGCGGAGGUGCUUCUAAUGCUGUUAUUGAAUUAACUGAUGCAAACUUUGAAGAACUUGUUAUAAACAGUAAAGAUCCGUGGAUGGUUGAAUUCUUUGCUCCUUGGUGCGGGCACUGCAAGAACCUCGAGCCUCAUUGGCGCGCUGCUGCUUCUGAAUUAAAAGGGAAAAUGAAGAUGGGCGCUCUAGAUGCCACUGUCCAUACAGUGAUUGCCAACCGUUUCGAAGUUCGUGGUUUUCCUACAAUUAAAUUCUUCCCUGCUGGCGGAAAAUCUUUCAGUGAUGCUCUUGAUUAUGAUGGCGGUCGAACGACAAGCGAUAUUGUUCAAUGGGCAAAUGAUCGUGUUGCUGAACACUUGCCUCCACCUGAACUGAAACAAAUUGUUAAUUCGGAGACUUUUGAGGCUGCCUGUCAGGAUAUGCAACUCUGUAUAAUUACUUUCCUUCCACACAUUUUGGAUUGCCAGUCAGAAUGCCGGAACGGUUACCUGUCCCUUUUACGCGAAUUGGCAGAAAAGUUCAAGAAAAGUCACUGGGGCUGGCUCUGGACAGAAGCUGGUCAACAACCCGGAAUUGAACAAUCUUUUGGAAUUGGAGGUUUUGGUUACCCAGCAAUGGUGGCUUUGAAUUCGCGAAAGCUUAAAUACAGCACUUUGACUGGCUCAUUCGGAAAAACUGGAAUAGCUGAAUUUUUGCGUGAUCUUUCCUAUGGAAAGGGAAAAACAUCUUCAGUUCCCGGUGGUAAAAAUGCCGAUGUUGAAGUGGUUGAGCCCUGGGAUGGAAAGGAUGGAGAAUUACCCGGUAUUGAUGCUGAAGAAGAAAUUGACCUUUCUGAUGUUGAAUUGGAAGAUUUGGAUGUUUUGGCUGAAAAAGAAAAGAAGGAAGAGACAAAGAAAGAUGACAAAAAGAAGAGUGAACUUUAA